AUAAACAACCACAGAACCACAAGUUGGGCACGGAGGCAGUCACCCAAGAGCGGGUCCGGGAUAUUGGUCAGCAGGGAGGGCGAAUCGUUGUGCCUGCAAACCACAGGGUUUCGGAGGCUGGUGGAAGAAACCCUGAAUUCCCUCCCAGUGAAGAGAGAGUGAGUUUUAAAGAGGAAACAAUGGCUUCGAACAGCAUAUUUGAGUCACUUCCUUCUUACCAGCACUUCUUGAGAGAUACCAGCACCAGCCGCCGCUUCACGCCGCCCUCCACCACGCUGAGCCCGGGGAAGAUGAGCGAGCCGCUGGCGCUGCCCGGAGCCGAGCACGGCGGCGCUUUGCCGGGGAAGCUGCGCGCCGCCGACCGCAGCAUGGUGGAGGUCCUGGCGGAUCACCCCGGGGAGCUGGUGCGCACCGACAGCCCCAACUUCCUCUGCUCCGUGCUGCCCACGCACUGGCGCUGCAACAAGACGCUGCCCAUCGCCUUCAAGGUGGUGGCCCUGGGGGAUGUCCCUGAUGGGACCCUGGUGACGGUGAUGGCCGGGAACGACGAGAAUUACUCAGCGGAGCUGCGCAACGCCACGGCCGCCAUGAAGAACCAGGUGGCGCGGUUCAACGACCUGCGCUUCGUGGGCAGGAGCGGCAGAGGGAAAAGCUUCACUCUGACCAUCACAGUGUUCACAAACCCUCCCCAGGUUGCCACUUACCACAGAGCCAUCAAGAUCACCGUGGAUGGACCUCGGGAGCCCCGAAGACAUCGUCAGAAACUAGAUGAGCAGACAAAGCCCGGCAGCUUGUCCUUUUCUGAGCGCCUGAGCGAGCUGGAGCAGCUGAGACGAACGGCCAUGAGGGUCAGCCCACACCACCCAGCCCCCACACCCAACCCUCGAGCCUCCUUGAACCACAGCACAGCUUUUAACCCUCAGCCUCAGAGUCAGAUUCAGGACACCCGGCAGGUGCAGCCCUCGCCGCCCUGGUCCUACGAGCAGUCCUACCAGUACCUGGGCUCCAUCGCCGCGCCCGCCGUGCACCCCGCCACGCCCAUCUCACCUGCGCGGCCCGCGGCCAUGAGCUCGCUCAGCGCGGAGAUCUCCAGCCGCCUCUCGGGAGCCUCGGACCUGACGGCGUUCAGCGACCCCCGGGUGGGGAUCGACCGCUCCUUCCCAGCGCUGCCGUCCAUCUCCGACCCUCGCAUGCACUACCCGGGCGCCUUCACCUACACGCCCACCCCGGUCAGCUCGGCCAUCGGCAUCGGCAUGUCGGCCAUGUCCUCGGCCUCCCGCUACCACACCUACCUCCCCCCGCCCUACCCCGGCUCCUCCCAGCCUCAGGGCGGCCCUUUCCAGGCCGGCUCCCCGUCUUACCACCUCUACUACGGCACCUCGGCCGGCUCCUACCAGUUCUCCAUGAUCUCGGGCGGGGAUCGCUCCCCGCCGCGCAUCCACCCGCCCUGCACCAACGCCUCCACGGGCUCGGCGCUGCUCAACCCCAGCCUGCCCGGCCAGAGCGACGUGGUGGAGGCCGAGGGCAGCCACAGCAACUCGCCCACCAACAUGGCCAGCACGGCCCGGCUGGAGGAGGCCGUGUGGAGGCCGUACUGAGAAGGAGAGUCAGGAGCAGCCCAAAGGUCAGGACUAAAGGAUUUCCCGUUUCACGGCGCGCCCGCCAGGAUUCCAGAAACUUCCGUGUGGGCCUUGCUGCGUUGGCCCGCGAGUUUCGCGAGCGAACCUUUCCCAGGAGUGGCGGCUCUCGUUGCCAGGCCCUGGUGGGGUUUUGGUGGGAUGGUUUGUCACUCCAGCCAAGUAUUCCCAGCAGGAGAAGGUUCUGGAAAGGAGGAGGCCGCAGUUGGCUGCAGAGGUGGCGAGUGUGGGUUUCCCAGCCUGGUUCCAGGCCUGCGGCUUCCCAACGCGCCUGGGCUCGAAGGUCUCCACAGCCCUAAAAAAAGAGUUUGGGUUCACUUCUAUUUUUAAGAACUUAAAACCUUAAAAAAAGAAAAAAAAAAACAACCCCCACCCCCCCCCCCCCACCCCAAAAAAAAAAAACCAAAAAAGAAAUCUUAGUGAGUUUACUGCAUCUUGUGGAUCUUUAAGUGUAAGGAAGUAUAGGAAGAUUCCCAGAGGGAAACUGUGAACGCUUCUGUUUUAGCAAUGCUGUGAAUGAGAGGUUUUAUAUGUUGGACUUCAUUCUUUCUUUUCUUUGUUUUAUUUGUAUAUUCCAAAGAACAUGGAAUAUUUUUUUUUUAUUACUGGGUUUUUUGUUUUGUUUUGGAUUUAGGUUUUUUGGUGUUUUUUUUGGAUUUUUUUUCUUUUUAGGAUGCAGCUCAUCCUGCUUUGCAUCUAACUUGUUUUAUUUCUCUUGGCACCUUAUAAAUUGCAAAAGAAAAAAAAAGAUUUUGCUCUUUUUUUUGUUUUAAUCAUGCUUGCUUCUUUCUUGCUUUGUCAACUGAAAGAAUCAGCCCCUUUUUCAAGGAGUUAAUUUAACUUUUUAUCUCUUGGACUUUUUUUUUUUAACACAACGGCUACAGCCUUGGGUCAUUUUCAACUACUGUAUUUCUUUGACGAGUUCAUUGAUAUUUAUGCUUGAUAUUUAGACUUUUCUUAUUUGUUGAUACUAUUAUUAUUUAAAUAUGCCUAUAUUAAAAAAAAAUAUCAGCAAUUGCCUUUUUUUGGUAGCAGCCAAAGUCAAAUUUCUCACAUUGAAAAAGGCUGGAAUAACAAUGGGCAAAAGUGACCUCCUAAUUCCCUAAAAAUAUUGUUUACAAUUAUCUCACUCUCGUUUUACUCAGUUUAGACCCUCAAAGGCUUUGAGGUGCCAAAUUCCUCCUGGAAGGCACCAAAAUACCAGGGAGUUUCUUUCUCUUUUCAAGUGGUGGAGUCAUCUCUCCCUCCUCCUACUUUGUCACCAGUGGUGACCCUCAGGAUCAGGAAUCAGGAUGUAGAUACUUCCUAAAGGAAAAUUCAAUAUUCCCUAAUUAAAUACCUGCCUGCUGGAGGCACAGGACAGAGGGAAAGGAUUCCCACUGCCAGAGGGCAGGGCUGGAUGGGAUUUUGGGCAGGAAUUGUUCCCUAGGAGGGUGGGGAGAGGCUGGAAUAGAAUUCCCAGAGCAGCUGCGGCUGCCCCUGGAUUUCUGGAAGUGUCCAAGGCCAGGGUGGAGCACCCUGGGAUAGUGGAAGUUAUCCCUGCCCAUGGCAAUUUUGGUGGCUGAGCUUUAAGAUCCCUUCCAACCCAAACCAUUCCCUGGUUCUGUGAUUCCCAUGGCAGUCCUGGCUCUGACGGAAUCUGGGUGAGAUUUUCUCCCAGGAUUUCUGUGCAGCACAAAAGUCACAUCCCAGUCUGCUGGCAAACAGGACAGGACUGUCAAGCUUACCUGGAAAGCCCCAAAAAACCAGGGCCUGGAUAAUCCUUCCAUUUCCAUCUUCUGGGAGAAGAGGAUUUAGAGUUGGUGUAGCCAAUGCUGUGGUCUGUAGUAAAUCAAAAUCUAAAUUUACCAGGAGCAGGUUCAGCAGGGAGCCGUCACUGCUGCCCACUGUCCCAGCACAAACAUAUCAGAUGUCACUGUCACGUUUUUGGCACUAUUUUAUUGAGGGUUUGCUCUGAAUGCAGCUCUUGUACUACUCCUUAACUCCAAACUGCUGAUGUGUGCGUCCCAAAUGAGCUGAUUAUUAUUUAAUGUACCUCUCAAACCAGAGAAACAAUUGCAGGUCAACUCAGAGAGUAUUUGAAAGCAGGGCUUCAGAUCAGUGUUUGAUGUUUAAAAAAAAAAAUAAAUAAAAGAAGUUAAAAGGACUCAAAUUAAAAAGAUCCUUGGCUGCAGGCAGCAAAACAGCUGGACUUAUUUAAAACCAUUUGUUUUUCAAGUUUUCUCUUUUUUUUUAUAUAUAUAUAUGAUUUUGCUUCUUUGUUUGAGUUGGAUGCAGUAGCACUUUGGUAUUGAAAAGAAUCUGAGAAUUUCCAUUGUCAAUAAGGUCGUUUUUGUGCAGAAAAUAGGGAGUGUUUCAAGAGAUCUCAGCAAAAGCCCAAAAUGUUUCUGUUAAAACACAUGGCCUUGUGCUUUUCAUUUAAUGGAAUAUUCUGUAUAAUCUUCCAGAGUUUGCUCUGAAAAAAAGACAGAAAACACCCAAAUUCUAUCAGAAAUAUAUUUUGAAAAACUGGAGGCCCUGCUGAAUACAGAAAUACAGAGACCCCCUGGUUGUAGAAUUUCCAUAGUUGGACUCUCACCUUUUCAGUACCCUAAAAAAAAGUUCCACAUCACUGAGCAGUAGCUCUGCUGCAGAAUCCAUCUGUGCAAUUCAAACCCUAAUUUAGCACAGCUCUCAAUUAAAAUCGUAGCUCUCACAUCUGCCUUGUGACUGGACCACCAAAGUGCACAGAGCUGGGAGUGGAAACCAGCAGGGAGAGGAGCUUGGAGGAGCCAGGAAGGGCCAGGUGACCUGGAGGUGGAAUUUUAACAAAAGCACAGAAUGAUAGGAAAAGGGAGAUGGAAUUGAGAUGAAGGAGGGCAGGGUUAGAUGGGAUAUUUGGAAUAAAUACAUCCCUGUGAAAUUCGUGAGGCCCAGAGAGGUUUUGGAUUCCCCAUCCCUGGAAGGGUCCAAGGUCAGGUUGGACAUUUGGGCCUGGGACAGUGGGAGGAGUCCCUGCCAUGGCAGGGGUGGGAUGGAAUGAGUUUAAGGUCCCUUCCAACCCAAACCAUUCCAUGAUUUGAUGAUUCUGUGAGUUCAGCCCAGUGUCAGAAGUGAGGUUGUUGUUGUCACCAAGGUGAGGUCAGUGUGGUCACCAAGGUGAGCUGUCCUGGUUUGGAUGACAGGUGUCUGCCAGUAAAGGCAGAAACUUCUCUUUGAAAUGGAGAGUGUAAACCUCCUCCCUCCAAAUUAUUACUAUCAUAAUUUUGAAAUUAAGGGGCUCUCAGGCAAAAGUAUGGGAAUUAGGAAUAACAGUUCUUUACUAGGAAAAUUAAACUAGCAAUGCAGUAUUACACAGAACAAUCCCAGCCCUGCCAGAGUCAGAAUCCAAGCUGACACCCGUCAGUCAGUCAGGGUGUUGGCA